AAACGAUCGGAGAUCCAGGAGGUGUCUGCUGGACGUGGUGUGCGCCAUUCGAACGCCGAUGCUGUGUUGUACAUAUUGUUUAUAUAUAGAAAGAUAGAACAUCACUGUGUUCCCAAAGUUGAAUCGGAAACGGAAAAAUUCAAAUUUUUACCAUCGUUUGUGUGCGGCGCAUUCUAAAUAUAAAUAAAAAGAAAUCGCUUUCGGUUAAUGCCGCGUCGAAAAUACCCAUCCAACAAUACUGCGCCCUAAUCCUACACAGCAAGUCCUGCAAGUCCCAUGCCAAAGUGGCCCGGUUUCGGCUAAUUAUAUAGUGAGACCUGAGACCUGAGACCCGAGCAUGGAGAGAUCGCCAGCAGCCAAUGCCGCGGAGCCUCCUGGCGAGGAUGGGGUGCCCGAGACUGGCCACCGACCACCGCCUCGCAUCACGUUCAGCGAGAACUCCAGUUCCCUAAUCCGCUGCAUCCCCAACGAACGGGCCACGUUCUUCGUGAAGAUCGACUGCGCCGAAGAGGAUGAGCCCGAACUGCUGCCCUUCAAAUUCGAGUGGAGCCGAGGUGAGAUUCCCAUUGAGAACUCCGACCGCUUCCGCAUCACGGCAACCAGCAAUGCCGUCCAGCUGGCCGUGGAGCAUGUGCAGCGGGAGGACGCCGGCCACUACACGCUGUUCGCCCGGACGAAGAGCCAGGAUGUGGUGCGCAGGCACGUGGAGCUCAUCGUGGAGGACAGAUCCACGGGCGACGAUCCGCCGGUGUUCCUGCGCCGCCUGCCCGACCUGUCCAUCAAAGUGGGCACCCGGACACGCCUCCUAACCGAAAUACGCAGCUCAACAGAUCUUAAGCUCACCUGGUACAGAAAUGACCGGAGAGUGUGCGCAAACGACCGCAUCACGGAGGUCAGUGAGGGCACCUUCCACUACUUGGAGAUUAGUCCCGUGACGCUGGACGACGGCGGUCAGUGGAUGCUCAUGGCGGAGAACUUUGGCGGACGCAACUCCUGCCUGGGUAAUCUGAAUGUCUUGGUGCCGAAGGCCUACAAAACCCCCGAGUUCGUGGAGGAACUGCGCGCAGUGCUCACGGAGCAGGGAACCGUCUCGUUGGAGUGCAAGGUGGUGGGUGUGCCCACGCCCCAAUUGCGCUGGUUCAAGGACUCCAAGGAGAUCAAGGCUGGCGACAUCUUCGCCCUGACCGCCAACGCAGAUGACCCCACGUCACUGGGCACGUACACAUGCGAGGCGCGCAACUGCAUGGGCGUCACCUACUCCAGCUCCAAGGUGCAUGUGGUGGGACGCGGAAGUCGCGAGGGAUCCCUCAAGCCAGCGGACAGCGUGGCAAGCAAUGCUCCGCCUCCGAUAUUCACGAACGAACUGCGAGACAUGAGCCUGCUCAUUGGGGAGACCAUCAUUCUCGGCUGUCAAGUGGUGGUGCCGCCGUGGCCGAAGAGCGUCUGCUGGUACAAUGCGAGCGGUCGGGUGGAGACCGCCGAGCGGUACAAGCUGAUCGAGGACGGCCUGGGCGUCUACAUGAUCGAGGUGAAGCCAUCGGAGUCCUGCGAUGCCGGCGAAUGGAAAUGCGUGGUGACCAGCUUCGAUGGCAGUAAGGGCAUUUCAACGUGUUCCGUUGCCAUGGACAUACCCAGGAACUAUCGCAAGCCCAGGUUCAUGGAGAGCCUGCGCGCCGUGCUCACCGAGGAGGGACUGGUGUCCUUCGAGUGCAAGGUGGUGGGCUUUCCCACGCCCAUUCUCAAGUGGUUCAAGGAUGGUCACGAGCUGAAACCAGGUGAUGUCUACCAGCUGACGGGCACCAACUCAUUGGGCACCUACUGCUGCAUUGCGCGCAAUUGUAUGGGAGAAACCAGCAGCACUGCCGUCCUCACCGUGGAGGACAUUCAGAACCAACUGACCGAGGAGGAGCGUCUGGUGUUCACCGAACAAAAUCAGAACCAAGCGCCAAAGUUUCUAACUGGACUGAAAAGCACGGAUGCUAAGAUCAACGAACCCUUUCAGUUCAAGGUGGUGGUGAAGGCCACUCCGGAUCCAAUACUCUCCUGGUUCCGCGACGAGCUGCCCAUUGAUCCGAACGAAAGAUAUAACCAUUAUCGGGGUGAAAACGAAGACUGGCUGCUGGACAUAAAGUCCGUGGAGUUUGUGGAUCAAGCGGAGUGGAAGUGCGUGGCCGUGAACGACUUCGGCACCAGCAUCACCUCCUGCUUCCUGAAGCUGCAGAUCCCGCGGCACUACAAGAAGCCGCGCUUCCUGGAAUGCCUGCGUGCUGUGCUCACUGAGGAGGGAGCCGUGAAUCUGGAGUGCAAGGUCAUCGGUGUUCCGCAGCCCGCUCUCAAGUGGUACAAGGAUGGGGUGGAGCUGAAGCCGGGCGACAUUCACCGGAUUAUCUCUGGACAGGAUGGCACCUGCUGCCUGGGCACUUACACGUGCGAGGCGAGGAACUGCAUGGGUAUCGUUGCCAGUUCGGCCUCGCUGCUGGGCUUCGAGGAUGCCCAAAGAAGCCAGCAGCAGAAGAGCGAGCAACUGCACGAGAACGAGCUGCAGAGGAAUUACUCCCUGUCCACCAUCCAGGAGGAGCGCACCUCUCAGCUGUACGAGACGCCAGUGGGUGACAUAACCAUCGAUGAAAAGGGCGACGUGUCCUUUUCCUUCGACGGCAAGGAGGUAUCGGUUUCACUCUACGAGACUCCCGAUCUUACGGAGGAGGAAGCUCUGAAGAUUGUGGAAAUGUAUGCCGAUCAAAUCUCGGAGCAUGUUACUGAGCACAACAUCGUCGAACUGCCACCUCUGCGCUUCGUCAAGGAGACCUCGCAAUCGGGAAAGCUUCUGAUGGAAGCGGUGGUCAUCGACAUUUCACCAGAAUAUUUCACAGUCGAGGACGAUAUGCGAACUGAGGCGGAUAUGGAUGACAUUUCCAUAAACGAGAUCACGGUACACGGCUCUUCGGGAAGAGAAGACCGAAUGGACAAAGAGACUGAGGAAUAUGUUCAGCAGUCCUUUGACAAAAUGGAGGAGGAACUAUCGCUAUCGGCUCCAAUUCGAAAGCGAAAGAAGUCCAAGCCCACGGAAACAGAUGAGUUCUUCAGUUUAUCCAAAGCCUCCGCCUCAGGCAGUCAAGGUGAGGAGGAGACAUCCGAUUUGCAAACCUUUGCCAGCGCCCAGAUGUCCGCAUCAACAAAGGCCGCCUCUGGUGCACAAAGUAGUCCGGAGAAGGACAAAGAUUCCGUGGCACCGCCAAAGCGUAAGAAGUCGAAAAAACCCACAGACACCGAUUCCUCCAAGACCACUGAGGAUGAUGCUCGCCUGCAGGAUAUUUCGGGUGCAGUGGGCGACGGAUUGAUGGUAACUCCAUCCUCCCAUGCAAAGGCUGUUACCGAUGAGAAUGAGAUUAAUAAAAAUCUGAUUGCCCUCGUUCCGCUCGCAAAGUUGCUGAAGGUUAUUGACAAUCAUUUGAGUGCCGUCGAGAAUGAGGUGAUGGAACAGUCCACCAUGAUGAUGACCCCGUCGGCAGCGGAUCAGAGCAUAGCCAUCAUCCGCAAUAUAAUCGAUCCCAUCAAGCAAAUCGAAUCGAAAUUAAGGGUGUACUCUGGUGAGACUCAAAUCGACGCCCUCAUUCAAUCGAUGGAUGAGGACAUCCGUCGAUUGCACUUGGGCCUCCAGGUGAUUGAAAAGUGCGUGGAGAUCGACGAGACUGGAGCCACGCUCAUCCAACGCACCAGUGUCUGCAUCAUUGACAGCGUGGCCGAGCAGAUGAAGAGAGCACUGGAGGAGCUGAAAAUCGUUAGCAGGAAGUUUGAAUCGGAGUGUCUAAGGGCCCAAAUCGAACUGACUGCCGAUGACAUCCAACAGGGAUUAGAGAUCACGCAGGGCACGAUUAAGUCGCAGGCUCUUCUGCAGGAGGCUCAAGAACUGGAGGCAGCAAAGCAUUUCUCGGAAACGGUUGAAAAAAUGCAAGAAGUACCCGAUUCCGUGUCCUUUGCCACCAUUUCGGAGGCCAACCUGCCCAGCGAAGCAAGCGCUCUGAAGGAGAUUUGCCAACCGGUGGCAAAGAUCCAGGAAGCUCUGGAGCGCGUCGAAAUGGAACUAUCGCUGGAGCAGUCCGAGGAGCAGAUCUACAAGAAGGUGCACCAGAAGGUGCUCGAGAGCAUUGUGGAGCCGAUUAAGCAGCUACAAAGCACACUGCAGUCCAUUGAAGAUAAGACGGAGUCCCUCGCGGGAUCCGAGUCAAUUGAGCAGAAAAUAAACAUGGCCAUUCUGGAUAUUGUUACGCCACCUCUUUUCGAGCUCAAAAAGGGCCUAGAAGUAAUCCUUAGCGAAAAAUCAGGCAGUGUGGAGGGUGGAAUGCUGACAGUUAGCACUGUGGAAUCGAUGGUGCCCCCCUUGCAGGAGAUUCAAAACGGCCUCGCGCAGCUGGGACAAGAACUGGAAGGUGGUCAGGAUCAUGUGCCUCAGGAGGAACUGCGAUCGGAUCCAGUUUUGGGUGUGGCUGAUACCCAGAAACUAUUACAAUCAUUUGCCCAGGCUGUCUUACAUUUUGAGACCAACAUCGAGAGGAUCUCUGCCCGACUCUCCCCUAACGUUAAGAUUCGCUUGCUGAACCUAAAGGAUGAACUGUCAGCUUUAAUAGGCUCGAUUUUGGAAAGGGAAAUUACCGGACAUCAUGUAGAAUUGCUGGACAGACUAAAGCGACCCGUCGACGAGCUAAACUACUGCAUCCGUCAGACAGAGGUCAAGAAUAUGACCGGUUCCUUAGCCGACCUGAUUGAACCACUGAGUAUGUUGCAGGAGAACACCCAAAAGGGUCACCAACGUUUGCUGGUCGCUCGGGAACCCGACCAGCAGGCUCUCCAGACGCUGGACAAUAUACGCAGCCUCAUCCGCAACGUGGUCAUCGAUAUAGAAGAGCACGAGUUUAAGAUUCUGCAGCAAGAGAUUCAACAGGAUGAGGAGCAAGCGUCGCAGCAGCAGGACAAAUCCUUUAGUGCCCUGCGCAAAGUGCUGGAGACUAAGGUGUCCUUGGAGGAAGCAGUUGCCAACAUAGAAACCCUGCAGGAAGCGUUGAACAAAAUAAGCGAAAGCCCCAAGGCUUCCGAGCGAGUGAAGACCUCCUCAAACGAAGCCCAAGUGUACCUUCUGCGCAUCCUGCAAAUUGCUAAAGGACUGGCGACAUUCAGCGAGGCAGAGACAACACUCGACGUCAACGAGGCCAACACAACUAGAAUUCUUUUCGAGUGUGGCAAAAGUUUUGCUGACUUGGCUAAAGCCCUACACACUCCCGAAUCCUUGACUGAGAGUGAAUUCAUUAAUGCACUGAAUCAGUUUGGCGACAUUGUUGGCCAACAAAAGGAAACAAUGGAUGAGAAACUUUCCAUUGCCAGUCCGCUCUCCAGUCUGAUUCAUGUGCUCCAAAACUUGAAGCCCCCGAGAGCUUCAAUGGAGGACUUAUCCACCUUGGAUGAUGUGUCAGUGCUUAAGUCAGCCGCAGAGUCUUUGCCCACUGAUCCGGAUGCGGGUGUGCCCGCAAGUCCAGAGAAACCAUCGACUGUUGAUGUUUUACUGUCGGACUUGAACCAGGGAAUCACAUCGGUUCUCUCGCAUUCUGAAGAUCCUGACGUGGUUUCGCUAUCGGGACCAGCUGCUCAGCAGGUACAGGCAGCCCUCGUUAAGAUGCAAGAGCUGCAAAGUAGCUUGGCAGUGGUUCAGGAAACCCACCUGGUGGAAGCGGCUCAUUCCAUGUCAGAGGCCAGUCAACAGGGAACAUUCGCCGAGGCGCUCUGCAGCUUGGAGCGCUGUGUUCUUCAGGUGGAGGAGUGCAUGGCCCACAGUGGCGUCGAGAGUUUUACUGAUCUGGAACUGUCCAAGCUCAAGACCUUGGCCACUCCAUUACACGACGUGAGGCAGUACUGCGAGCAGAUUGAUGUGCAACUCCUGGAAAAUGUCACUGAUAUUUCAACGCAGGGAGAUAUCUCUGAACUUAAGAGCUGUGGCCAUCAGCAAACAGUAUCAGAUCACAUCCAGGAAGUAGCCGUCGUGGAGGAAGAGCCACAAGUGGAUGUAUUCGAUAUACAACAAGGUGUUGCCAGCGGCAUCAAGCAACUAGAAGCCUGUCUGGAAGUCACCCAGACGGAUGCCAAUAAAGAGCUUCAGCAAGUUGGCAAAAUAAUGGAGCAACUGAAGUCAGAUCUGGAGAACAUACAGAUUGCCCUUGUCACUGAUACCGUUCAACAGGAAACCGUUUUGGCCCAAGCGGAAAUAGCACGCACCAUGUUCAGAUUGAAGGAGUGCUUGGUGCACACCUAUGAGUCUGGGUUGGUGGACUCCUUGGAGAACGUAGAGAGUGCCUUUGAAGACAUACUGCUCUCGUUACCAAUUCUAGAAACUCAGUUGGCCGAGGAAAUGUUCGCCAAAAUCGAAAAGGCAUUCGCAAACUUUGUUGCCUACUGUGAGCGCCCAGAAGCUGUGGAUUAUCAAAAAUUAAAAACUCUAAAGCAACCUAUUGAAAGUCUAGUAAGUUCCAUUGGAGCUGUGGCCGCUCAGCCCACCGUAGAUGUCGACAAAUCAUCUUCGGUUGUUGUUCAGCUGCAGACUAGUCUAAUGGCUGCUUUUCGAGGUAUCAACGAUGUCAGCGAGCAGAUUAGUAACGAAGUCUUAGGUGGCCUUUUGAAGACCCAAAGCAGCUUAGUGGCUGUCUUUGAUUUUAUUGAGGGCAAUGACAAUACAAUUCGUGUCAUAGAACUGUUGCAGGAAAUGGAUUCUAUUACUGCGGAAUUGAAGGCAUUGUCUGAAAUUCAUGUUGAGCCCACAGUGCCAAUCGAUAUAGGCAUAAUAAUUGAAAAUGUUUCGUCCGGAAAAGCGUUCCUUGCCGAAAUCUUGAAAGGACUUCGAUCCCAUAGCCCGAUAUAUAAUCUUUUGAUAGAUAAAUAUACGGAUGAAAUCGCUGAACUAGAGGAAACUCUUGCGCAAAUCGAGAAUGAAAUCCUUUCUCAACCCCAACUCACUCAGAUAACCACCAAGCAGUUUGCCCUCAUAGAUGCACUGCAGCUGCAGAUCAGUAAUCUUCAGGAAAAACUUAACAAACUGAACGUGUCUCAUGCCGAACUUCAAAGUCAAUCGGAUGUCUCCUCACCUGAAUCAGCCUUGGAAACUGACAUAGAUAUUAAAGAGGGAUCAGGAAGCCAGGAAGACGUUGAACCCGAGGCUAAAAGACCCAAAAUUUUGGAAUCCGAUCAACAACUGGGUUCUUACAAACAACCCGACACUCAACCAGAAGUACCUCAGAAAACUGUUGAUGAAACCAAGAAGGAGAUUGAAGCAGAAUCAAAGCAACAAAAUGAGUUCGCUACUCAGAAAGACGAUCAGAAAGCAGAUAUAAUAUCUGAACAAGAAAAACAACAAGAGAGUAAACAGAAAUUGGAAAAAGAGGGUGAUGCCGAGGUAGAACCAACUAAAGUUGUGCCUCAAAAGGCAUCAUCUGAAACUAUUUUGAAAGCCCUAACCGAAAAAUUAUCGCAAUCUUCUAACAAUGCUGUGCAAAAUGAAGCAGUUAAAACAAUCAUGACAGAAUGCCAGGAUAUUCUUGAUAAUAUUGAUAAUAUCGAAAAAGUUUCAAAGUCAAUAUUCAAGUUAAGAGAGCACAUUGUUCACACCUAUGAUGGCAAGCCAACAGAGGAGCAGACCGAGAAGGAACUUGUUGAAGAACUUAUUGAAUCCCUCUUCGAAGCCUGUCCAGAAGCCACUGAGCACGUAAUUCAAACCUACAUUAAAGAAAUUAAAACCAACAUUAUUUUGUCAAAAGCGGCAAUUCAACUUAUUGACGAUAGCAACAUGUUCACAAAGCCGUCUCUGCUAGUUCCUAAACUGGUAAAUCUUGAAAAACUUUCAGAAAAAACUCAGUCGAUCAAACAUAUUGAUAAGUCAUCGAAAGAAAUGAUUAGCUUGCAACAGAAUUUAAUGGACAUAUUCAUCAUAUUUGAUGACCUUCUAGAUGAAAGAACGGAAAAAAUAAAUCCGAAAAUAGAAGAAAUUAAAAAAAUACUGCUGAGUGAAUAUGAUUACAUUGAGAAAAAAGAUGGGCAACUUCACUCUGCUGUGGUUAAUGGAAAAAUUCAAUUCAUUACUGAAAAGAUUCUUAGUAUUUGUGAAGAUUUCAAGCAAAUUAUUGAAAGUCAACACAAAAAUAAGGAUGCAGCAGGAGAUAUCAAAAAAUCAGAAACUGAAGAUGUUGUUGACCAUUCAAUCGAAGUAACGGACACUGAAGUUGAAUCAGAGAAAGCAGAAGCCUUGGAUAAACAAGCCCUGGAAGAAAAGCAACUAGAGACUAGUGCACAAAAGCAAACAGAUCAGGAUGUCGAACAGAAGUCCCAGAAACCAGAAGUAUCUGAGGUCGUAGCUGAGAAGAUAUCUGAAGAAAAGAUUGAGGAACCCAAGAAACCUGAAGUAAAGGACACUGAAGUUAAAUCAGAGAAAGCAGAAGCCUUGGAUAAACAAGCCCUGGAAGAAAAGCAACUAGAGAAAAGUGCACAAAAGCAGGCUGAUCAGGAUGUCGAACAGAAGUCCCAGAAACCAGAAGUAUCUGAGGUCGUAGCUGAGAAGAUAUCUGAAGAAAAGAUUGAGGAACCCAAGAAACCUGAAGUAAAGGACACUGAAGUUAAAUCAGAGAAAGCAGAAGCCUUGGAUAAACAAGCCCUGGAAGAAAAGCAACUAGAGACUAGUGCACAAAAGCAAGCAGAUCAGGAUGUCGAACAGAAGUCCCAGAAACCAGAAGUAUCUGAGGUCGUAGCUGAGAAAAUAUCUGAAGAAAAGAUUGAGGAACCCAAGAAACCUGAAGUAAAGGACACUGAAGUUAAAUCAGAGAAAACAGAAGCCUUGGAUAAACACGCCCUGGAAGAAAAGCAACUAGAGAAAAGUGCACAAAAGCAGGCUGAUCAGGCUGCCGAGCAGAAGCUGCAGAAACCAGAAGUAUCUGAGGUCGUAGCUGAGAAGAUAUCUGAAAAAAAUAUUGAGGAACCAAAGAAACCAGAAGUAAAGGACACUGACGUUAAAUCAGAGAAAGCAGAAGCCUUGAAUAAACAAGCCCUGGAGGAAAAGCAACUAGAGAAAAGUACACAAAAGCAGGCUGAUCAGGCUGUCGAACAGAAGUCCCAGAAACCAGAAGUAUCUGAGGUCGUAGCUGAGAAGAUAUCUGAAGAAAAGAUUGAGGAACCCAAGAAACCUGAAGUAAAGGACACUGAAGUUGAAUCAGAGAAAGCCGAAGCCUUGGAUAAACAAGCCCUGGAAGAAAAGCAACUAGAGAGUAGUGCUCAAAAGCAAGCUGAUCAGGUUGUCGAACAAAAGCUGCAGAAACCAGAAGUAUUUGAGGUCGUAGCUGAGAAGAUAUCUGAAGAAAAGAUUGAGGAACCCAAGAAACCUGAAGUAAAGGACACUGAAGUUAAAUCAGAGAAAGCAGAAGCCUUGGAUAAACAAGCCCUGGAAGAAAAGCAACUUGAGAGUAGUGCACAAAAGCAAGCUGAUCAGGCUGUCGAACAGAAGUCCAGAAACCAGAAGUAUCUGAGGUCGUAGCUAAGAAGAUAUCUGAAGAAAAGAUUGAGGAACCAAAGAAACCAGAAGUAAAGGACACUGAAGUUAAAUCAGAGAAAGCAGAAGCCUUGGAUAAACAAGCCCUGGAGAAAAGC